UUCAUUCGCAGAGAAAAGGUUCUGUGCUUAAAGACGUAGAUGAGCGUAAUGUAUUCAUAGAGAGCUGAAGGAAAAAAAAUGAAAAAGGCGUUUUGACUACUUGAUGCGAGUAAUAGAGCUGGAUAGCCCCAAUGUGCGCAGAGAGUGGGCUCUGCGUAAAGAACCGGAGACUCCAGAGCAAAGCAGACAUUUAAACUGGCAAGAGAAGUUUAUAAGCCAUCCAGUGUUUGGACCUUUUUGAUCGCUCAUGCUCAGCUGAUUAGGAGUUUAAUUAAGAGGCAAUUUACUUCGUCCUCUUGCGCACAAACAGGAACAACAUUAGACUAUUUGUGCCUCACAAAGGUUUUACAGUUGCAGCCUGUGUUUGAGGAAGACAUGGCCAAGUUAUUCCGAGCUGCUAUCAUGGGUCCACCAGGAUCAGGGAAAGGAACGAUAUCCAAGAGGAUUGCGCAAAGCUUUGGCCUGCAAUAUCUGUCCAGUGGCCACUAUCUACGAGAAAGUAUAACGGCAAAUACAGAGGCAGGUGUGCUGGUGAAGACAUACGUAGAAAGAAGCAUGCUGGUGCCUGAUCAUGUGAUGACCAGACUGAUGCUGCCCAGACUAGAACAGCUCAGCAAUAACAGCUGGCUGCUGGACGGUUUUCCCCGGACUCUGGCGCAGGCCCAAGCUUUGAACAAUUUGUAUCAGCUGGACCUGGUCAUCAGCCUAAACAUCCCCUACGAGACUCUGAAGGAGAGGCUGAGCGACCGCUGGAUCCAUCCAGCCAGUGGCAGAGUCUACAACAUGGGCUUCAACCCGCCUCGAGUGCAGGGUAAGGAUGACAUCACUGGGGAGCCACUGGUUCAGCAUGAUGAUGACAAACCAGAAGCCUUGAUGUACAGACUGAGACACUACAAAGAUGUGGCCAAGCCUGUCAUAGACUUAUACAAGUCACAGGGAAUCCUGCACUCAUUUUCGGGUACAGAGACAGACCGGAUCUGGCCAUAUAUCAACUCUCUCCUCAGCACCAAGAUGCACACACAGAUAACCGAUGCCGUCCAAACAGAAACACCCUGACACUACUCUGAAUGAAAAGACCACAGGGAAACAUCAGGAAGCAGCCAGAGGAAGUGCGGUGAUGUUACUUGCUAGCCUCAGCUUUCAGUUUCCUCAUUAAUAGUGAAGUUUAGAGAGAAGGACACUGAUCAAAACUGUUGUCAAUUUUUCAAAUGAAUAAGUUGUAAGCAACUAUUUCAAGAGCUUUAUUGAUUGUGUUGAAAUGUUCAGUUCCUUUAAGGCAAUAUCAAAACUUAUCCUUUUUGUAAAUCAUAAUUUUACACAAGCACUCAAUCAAGUAAUUGUUUUUUUUAAAUCUGCAAUUGUUCCAGUUCCCAUACAUUAAAUUUAAGUCUUAGCUCAUUCAGGGAAGCUGUGGUAGAACCUGUUAGAAGGUUUUAAGCAGAAGUAAAAGUAAAUAGAGAUGGAAGGAUUCCCGUUAUUGCAGCUCUCAAACCAAACCAACAACAGAGAUAACCAUGAAUAUCACUAAAAUAUAUUACAGUAAGUAUCUUACUCCAACAUUAAACAUGUGGUACUAAAUUACAAGAUUAUUGUUAUGAAAACUUUAAUGAAAGCAGACAUAGGAAAUAUUUCUAAAAUAAUAUAGAUUUAAUUAAUUGCACUUUAAAUUGUAUUAUUUUGUAAAGGAUAAGACUGAAACCAUUCAGUUUCCCUUUAAGUACUUCAUGAUAUUGUAAUACUGCCAUUUCCAUUGAGCAAGAUACACAUUACAUUUUUAUUACAUUUGGUCUCACUACAGGCUUAAUUGACAGAUUCACUGAGGGCAAUACAGACACUAUGCAUUGCGUUGUAUCUAAAGGUCUCUAUUUUUGGAAAAGUUGAAAAACAUGCUGUGUAAUAUGCUGUAUAAAAUGCCUGAAAGUCAGCUGUUACAUAUAAGGGGCAGCAUGGCUCAGGAGGUAGAGCAGUUGUCUAGUAAUCCGUUCGAUUCCUGGUUACUCCAGAGAGUGUUGAAGUGUCCUUAAGCAAGACGCUGAACCCCUAACUGCUUCUGAGCAGGAUGGCACCUUGCAUGGCAGCCUCUGCCAUCAGUGUAUGAAUGUGUGUUUGUGUGUGUGUGAUUGGGUGAAUGUUGGCAUGUGCUGUGAAGCACUUUGGUUGGUAGAAUAGAAAAGCACUAUAUAAAUGCAGUCUUUAACAAUUACGAUAUGUAACUACCCUGCAGAAUCCUUUUUUUUUUUUUUUUUUUUUUUUUUAAAUUUGUUGGCUUCUUCAGCUCAGUGUUUCGAGGAUACAUCCAUCAAAUAUGCAAACAAUGUGCACUGCAUAAACUGCUCUUGACUUUUGUACUGGAAUGCUGCAGAAUAUUAUGCAAUCUGCAACUGUUAACAUGCAGGAUAAUCUACUGGGGAGAAUCACUCUACAGCACACUCUGUGGCUGGGAUGAAGACCAAAUAUAGAGUGCCUCUGAUGUUGUUACAUUCCUUUUAAUUAAAUGUACAAUGUUGCCUUGAGAUUCGAAACAUCAAAAUGUCACAGAUUAGCGUUUUUCAAAUGAAAUGUUUUGCAGUGUUUGUUCAACUUUUAAAUACUGCUGGAUAUAGCUUUAAUCAGUAACAGGUCACUUUUAUGAUUUACAUGAUAUGUAAAGGUCUUGUUUUUCAGAAUGUUGGAAUAUAUAAAUCUGUGUUACUGAGUGAACAACUUGUAAAAUGUUAACAUUUUUAAAUUGGUUUUUAAAAAAAAUAAAAAAUUAAAGAUGUCAUAUUUUCACCCAAUAGAACAACAUAUGAGUUAGCCCUUUACAAUAACUUCAACAUAUAGUGACUUACCUGUGCAAAAAAGACCAAGGAAUAGGUUUUAAUUGUAUUUUCCAGCACUGUUAAUGCUGGCUUGGCAGACUUGAAAAUGUAUAGGAAAAUGUUGUAACCUGAAUUCAUUAUGAAGCCUCAAAAUAGCAAUGUGCGCAAAAUCAGGGAUUGGCCACACAUGCAAAAAAUUUGCCUUGAGUAUUUUUUUUUUUUCCCAUUGGAGUUCUUGUUUUACUUAUCUAUGGUUUAAGGAUAGUAGGUGUUGUACUGAUUGAAGUCCAAAGAUACAAAAGGAAACACUGGCUCCUUUACUCACUAUGUUGAGUGAAAAGGACAAGAUGUAGGCUAUAAUGUUUUCAAAAUGUCAGCAACUUGUCAGUGUCUUAGUGGCCUCAGCUAAAGUAUGAAAACUAUAGUUUUUAGUUUGAUAAUGUGGGGGUGUGACUAAAAAGGAGGAGUCUGUAGGAGUUGUGAGCAUUUGAUUUACACUUUGAUUUCCUGUUGUGGAGCAACUAAUGCCUGGAUGCUCAGUGUGUGUUGCUGAAUGAAUGGGCUUAGUGUGUUAAGUUAUAUAUGACCACACCCUACUGCUGUUGAGUAACACCACAGUGGAUUUUUUUCUUCCCUAUUUGUAAGCUAUGCUGUCCAAACAUGUUACAUUCAAAGAACAAUAAAACAAUUUCCUGUG